AUGCUUUCUUUAUACAAAAUCAAAAUUGGUGAAUACCUAAUCCUAUUGGCCCUGACUAGUACCAUCCCCGCAGGUCAGUUGGGAGCGGGCAGUAGAACGUCUCCACUGGCUUCUUUUGUCCUGCGAGAAAGUGGUUUGGGAGGUGAUUCGUAUCGCAAAGCCCAUGAGAUUGUCAACCAUGUCCGCAAGGAGUUUGAAUUUCAAGGGCAUGAGCUGAAGGGGCCAGCGGCUUCACUUUUCAGUGCUGGUGCAUCGGGGCGACACCAAAACAAUAUCAAACGUGACUGGUUUCGAAAGAUGAGCAAUAUGGAGUAUGAUCACCGGGCACCAAUUCGAUAUGUAGAUGUUCCCUUAUGGGACUAUGGUGAUGAUGGAUGGGAUGAUAGUGCCAAGCAAAUGCCAUAUAUUUCACCGGAAGAUAUCAUCCCAUGGCUCAUGGCCCGUGACCUCUGGCCUGCUACACCUCAGAGGAAAAUCAAACGCUUUUGGAACCACCUACAAGAGGUACAAUCUGAUAUUGCUGGUGCUUCACCUCAAGGUAACCACCACCCACUUUGGAUCUGGGGUGAUGCUGCCAACUACAACAAAGACCAGAAUGUGAUUGUCAUUUGCUUUGGAUCGGUUUUGGAUGAUGCUACUGAUUCGAUCAAAAAGUGUUUCCCCUUGGUGAUUUGUAGGGAAGAAUCUUGA